AACCCUCUUGUGUUAUCAGUGCCCCCCUCCUCUCUCCUUGCAUCCCUGCAUCCCUCCCUUUCUCUCUCUCCCUCCCGGCAGUGCAUCCCCAUCCCCCACACGGUGGCCGUCUCUCCGGGUGAAAGCUGUCUUCCCUGCGCCACUGGCCCGACCAACAAACGCUGCUGUAGCACAGUCAGUCCGCACCGACCCGAGGCACAGACACAGGAGAAAGCACGUACACACACGGGAAGCUUUUUUUGUUCAACCUAGUGACUUUGAUUUGCAUAUCCACUUCCACUCCUUCCUCAUUUGCAUACAGCAAGAAUGGCGAGCGGGCAUCCCACAGACAAAUUCAGUUUCAUGUAUCAACCAGACACGCACAAGAGUAAGAACAGGUUAGCUUCAGCUAUGAAUCCAGUCUACAGCCCUGUUCAGCCUGGCACUCCCUACGGAAACCCCAAGAACAUGGCCUUCACAGGCUAUCCAGGAGGGUAUCCUGCCACGGCUCCCACCUACACACCCAACCUCUAUCAAACAGGCAGUCCUGGGUAUCCACCAGGAUAUACCUCAGCAGGCACCCCGUACAAAGUGCCACCCACCCAGUCCAAUGGAGCACCCCCACCAUACACCCCUACCCCCACCCCAUACCCAACAGCCAUGUACCCCAUCCGCAGUGCCUACCCUCAGCAGAACUUAUACGCACAGGGAGCUUACUACACUCAGCCUGUGUAUGCGGCUCAGCCACAUGUGAUCCAUCACACCACUGUGGUUCAGCCUAACAGCAUCCCCUCCACAGCCCUCUACCCAGCCCCUGUCCCAGUACAAGCUCCUCGCAACAAUGGCAUGGCUGCUAUGGGGAUGGUGGCUGGAACAACCAUGGCCAUGAGCGCAGGGACCCUGCUGACAACACCCCAGCAUCCCCAGAUUGGAGGACACCCAGUUACUGUGCCAACCUACAGGCCCCAAGGGACACCUGGGUACAGCUACGUACCGCCUCACUGGUAGAGCCCACCCAUCAUCAGAUCUGGAGUCCACCAUCGUAUGCAACUGCUCAAAUCUUACACGGGCUCCCACUGGUUACCACGGGAACUCGGCACCUGUCUGCAAGAACAAAACUAAAGUGCAACAGCCACUUUACUAUUAUUGUUAUUGUUAUUAUGCGACAUUCUCUAACUUUUUUUUUUUAAAAGCUGCUUUUAUUUUUAUUUUUACUCUGUUCAUUUGCCAACCAGUCAUUACCUUAUUUUGUAUUGUUUUCUUUUUUUACAUUUUAUUUCCUCACUUUUAUUUUGCUGUGUUUGUCAUUGGAACUCCAGAAGGACUCUUGACCAAUCACGGGUGUCAGUUGCUCCUGUUUCUGUGUUGUGCUGGUGUGUGUGGUCCUUCCUGCUGCUGCUCAGUUGGCUGGAAAAUAUUCGGGCACUUAUUCCUCAUCAUCAUCUCCAUUGGUCACGAAAACAUUGACUUGAGCUGCCAAAUUUUCUACCGGCUACAUAUCAGCACAGGGUUUCAACAGAAUUAGGAGUUAUUUAAUUUUCAGUGUCCUCUAUUUUUUCCCGCCACACCCUUUCUUUUUCUGACUUUUUGUUCUUCCUUUCUGGUCAUCUUUUGGUUUCAUUUCCAGUUCAAUCUCAGCCGUCUUCCAGCGCGUAGCUGUCUGUCCGGCAGCAGUCAGUCAAUCAAGCCUGUUACAUCUCCUUGCCAGUGCUGUGUCGCUCUAAGCAGAGCACUUACUGACCGUUACCCAUCCUGCUGUGUGUCCCUCUGUGUCCACAUCAGCAUCGUAGCUACUACACACUAAGAAAACCUAUUUCAAGCUACAUACUAUGCAGUAGUAUGUUGUAACACCAUUGAAAUCGUAACCUUAGCAUAGGUCAAUACAUUAUACAAAAUGUACAAGUACUUAUGAUAACCAAGUGGUCAUGCAUACUAUCUCACACACACACAAACACACACAUACAAGCGUGCACACACAGGGGCUCCUGUGUUGUGUUGGAAACAUCACAUAGUGGCACUUACUGUACAAAACCUCCAGUUAUGUGGUUACUUAUCAGCGCACACACACACACACACACUCACACACACUCACACACACUCACACUCACACUCACACACACACACACGCAUACACAACAUGGAUUUCUAAGGGUGUGCACAGCAGACCGUGGAGAAGGAGUUUAAAGGGAUUGUGUUGGCGCUAUGAGAGGAGAGCAGGAGGAGACAGGGAGAGCAGGCAACAAGGAAGGAGGAGGAGGAGGAGGAGGAGGUCACAUAUUCACAGUCAGUCUUUUUAUUUUUAUUUUUCAAGGUACAAGACAUUUGAGUUUGUGGCAGCUCACCUGCAAGAGACUGCACAGACACUCUGCUCUUUUUGCACUACAUGUAUUGUACAUUGAUCCCUCACUGUGAUUAUAUCGUCUCCUCCUCCUCCUCCUCCCUCUCUUUCUUUCUUAUAACCAAACACUCAACAGAUCGAAACCCAGACUCUUGAGUAAACAGUUAAUAACGGACCAGUCAAUAAAUCUGCUGAUAGAUGAUUUAAUCUACCAGUCUAUUCCACCGUGCUGUGAGUGCUUUAAAGAGCAGUCCACUGACACGGAUGGAUUGUUGUGCACCACAUUCAGGAGAAAAAAGUCAAAUCUGAGGCUGUGAUGUUCUAACAGCAGGUCCAUGAUACGUUAGAAACAGAAUUGGAGUCAAAAUGUAACUCUUAGGCUAUUCCUGUUUGGAUUACAAAGCUAGAAUGAGAGUGCUCUUUUUUUUAAAUCCUGAAAAAUAUUCAUAAAUUCCUAAAAGUGCAGAUCUGAGAUGACGCAGGGUUUCUCUGCCACUGAGUUUAAACUGGUUCAGUCCAGUUUAUGAGCCUGGUGCAGUCAAGCCUGACCUCCAGUCGCUACAAAAAAAAAGGGUUUUUACACUAUUGUUUUAUGACAAAGAAUUAUCCUUUUUUUUUUCCCCACUGUGCUUUUUCUGCUAGAGUCGCAGGUUUAAACAUAUCUGCUUCAACGUCUGCAUCCAUUUAAAGAAGCAUCAAGCAUAAACCGUGGUCAAAUGAAAACUUGUCUUCAGUGGAGGAUAAAAAAAAUUGAGCCAAUGAGACAUAGACCACAUACAGCCAUCUUCUGUUGCCUUUUUAUGCUUAUAUAUAAAUAUAUAUAUAUUAAAAAAAAAAGGUGUUUUUAAACAUGCAAACGGCUCUCGCAGCCACAGUAUGACGAUGUUAAUCAAACACUACAACACACCGAGUAGGGCUGGUGGGGUUUAAUAUUUAGCUGAGGCCUGUGGUAUUUGGAGAAAAAGAACACGUCAUGAAUCUGUACGGGACGGAUCAGUGUAACAAAAAGCAUUUACCGCGCAGGUUGUAGAUGAAAUGGUUUGUAUUGCAAUAAAAUAAGAGGGAACGCCUCCAACUGUUAACAGACAGUAAUUAUUUUAUCAGCAUUUUGAAUUGAUUUUUAAAAAGAAGCUUAUUGUUGUAAUCUCUCAGUAUGGAUUACAGGCUCUGUAUGCAGCCUCCAUUCAAUAAUUAUUACACUUACUGCUAAGAAGAGUAGAACAUAUCAAGAAUUUGGGUAUUGAAUAACUUUGUGAGGAAUUAUUGCACAACAUAAGACAAAAAAAAAACUUGACUAUAAUUUAAUGCUAAGUAACAGGUACCUAGGCUUUGUAGUGCAGGUGAGAGGAAGAAGAAGCGAUUUAUAUUGUAAUUAAGAAUAAACAAUAAGGUCGAGUGUUUGAGGUAUUCUUAGUCCAGAUAUUUGUACACUAGUAGGUAAAUUCUCAAGAAAAGACGACAUGGCGCUGCUGUUGGUUGAAAACUGUCGUUAUUUGGCUUUUAUUUUUAGCUCCACCCUUGUAUUUUAAAAAAUGAGGAUGUUGUACAUUUAAAUUCAAGACUCUAAAACUACAAAAUCCAGACAGUUUUCUUACAACAGCAGUGAUGUCACACAUCAUUAGGAUUUAUUUAACCAACCACUACUUCUGUCAGUAUUUCUCAAUUCAACCUUAUGGAGUUUUCUUUUAUUCCUCCCUCCCUCUGGUCAAAUAAGCAUAAUGGGUAUGCAUAAUAUUCAGGUGUAUUACACUAUAGCAUUGGAUCUCUAAGUUAAAAAAAAUGCAGUAUAUUUAUACAGCAAGUGGUACAGUAAUGUAUUUCUAGCUAAGCAUGGUUGCAUCAGUGUGGCAGCUACUGUCUGUGCUUUUAAUAUUUCCUUUGACCUUCUCUUCUGCACCUCUGUCUUCUGUGUUUGUGUCACUGAAGGAGAAGUUGAACCCAAGUCUUGCAAACAAACACGGGACACGUUGAAGUUCUCCUCAAACAAAUUCUCUUUUUUUAAAUGUUGCUUGAAUUUUUGGAUAUCGAGGACGAAGAACUGAAAUGGAUUGCUUUUUUUUAUUUGUGUCAAAAAAGGUCGCCAUUUCUUUUCUGUUGGUGCGAAGAUGCAUUUAACGAUGUCUUGAGAACCCUCAGCCUCCACGUCCUUUUGUUCUGUGCCAUAUUUCACCCACAGCUGUUCAGUAAAUAUUACUUUCUCCUCCUAAGUAACUGGUGAAUUCUGAAGUCCUUGUUACGUCGAGCCUCCUGUGAUUCUGUGUUUUCCUAUUGCUGUCCUAUUUCUCACUUUGUUGAUGAUGCAUAUAGCCUGUCUCACUUUUAUCUUUCUUACUGUACCCUCUGUGUUUAUCCCGUUUUCAAAAACUCCUCUCUGACGCAAUUUUGCAUCCCCCCCACAUUCAAAACAUUUAGUUUGAUCAUUUCAACAGAUGCAAAAUGGAGCACAUCCACUUCAGUCCUUUUCAUUUCAACACUUUGAUCCCACAUGCUCAUUUUUUUCAGCCCAAACUUUGCAACCCUCAGUACCCCGAGAUCUAUGAAAGAGUCAUUCAGUUGGCGUGAUGACUCAAAUCUGUAUUGUGGGAACUCCAUGGCGCCUUUUUGACACUAGAUGUCGCCAGUCCCACAGUCUGGCAAAAAAUGAUGAUUCAAUAAUUUAGCCAUGCCGUCUACAUUCAAGAAUGUAGAAUAGAUGUGAAAGUUUGAGCUCUAAGAUAUUUAACCAGAGUGAUCUUUUUCUCCAAAUUAAGCUUUCAGGACAUUUUAGAAAAGAAGAAUUGUGGUGUAAUUUGUCGUUCUAAGGAGGACUUGGUCAUUUUAAGUUCAAAAUUAGCGCUGAGGACCAACGCUCCUACAAACUGUAUAAAGGGGAGGGAGAAGAGAGGCAGAACCAAUGAGAUAUGAGGACAGUCAGAGGUUAAAGGACUCCGUUUGCCAUGGCGGUCAAUCUGCUUCCUUGUUUCGCAUUCCUUGCCCUUUUAUUUGUUCCAAUUUGCACUUGAGUAAAAAUGAACAUUUGAAAACACUUUGCCGUGUUUAGAGGGGAAAAUGCAAAGUUGUCUUAUUCAUGGGUAUUUCAUCAUCUUUGAUCAUUAUCUGAAUGGUGAUUACUUACAUACAAAAACAAACACUUUGUUUGUUUUGAUUUUAUUUGACAGUGAAAAAGUGACCAGAAACAUUCAUUACACCUCCCCUUCCUCUCCUUCCAUCUCCCCUCUUCCUUCCCUCUCUUCCUUUUUUUGCCUUGCAGUUGCUAAGUCUUACUUUCUUUCAUGAGUAUAAAUUAAAACACUACUAUCUCAGUGCAUAGUAGGCUCUUAAAUGUCUUUGAUGUUCUGCUGCAGCUUUUUGAUUUCAACUUGUCAGAUAUCUCUUAGUUUGAUUUGACACUAAAUGUGAUGCAAAAAGUGGAAAUUCCUUGUCUUCCAAAAAAAAAAAAAAUCGUACUCGCAUCCUUUUCCCCCCC